GAGAACAAGUAGCCUUAUUAACGUCACCAGUAUAAUGAUUAAAUCAUUUCAACUACGGAAAUGAUCUGUGUAGUACCCGUGGUUCCCUUGCUGAAAGAAUAUGGAAAUAACCUGAUAACAUAAUAUUAACUAAAUCAUAAACUAUUUGCUUACUCUAAUGAUGAAAUAUAUUCGUUUUGCACACAACUAUUUGCGUUUUUGCUACACGUGAUGGUUUAUUUAAUACGUCCUCACAACCCCAGAAACAACCUGGGAACACUUCCUUGUGACGUACGUGCCACAGGCGCGUGGUGAAGGACAUGCUAUAUCUUGGAUUUUUGUUCUGAUCAUGAAAUGAAACUUAUUUUAAAUUGCAAAAUUCUGAAGGAUUGUAUGUGAAGGAUUAUAUAAUUUUAGUGAGGGAAUAAAUAUAUCUUCCGUGCAAUUUGACUACGGGUUUUCUUGGUUUUGUGCUUUGUUGCAUCUUUGCUCCAUAGGUUAGGUUACAUGAUGUGAGACAUGAGAACGGCCGGUUUGAAUGAGGGAUGACCGUGACUGUCAGUGGUUGUGCAUAACAUUAUUUAUUGUGAAUAUGUUUAGAAGUAAGACAGUGGGGUAUAUUCUUUUUGUUUCAUAACGUGAAAAUAUCCGUACCUAACGUUCCGUUCACUAUUGAUUUGUGAGUUGCGCUUCUAAUCAACAUGGCUGCAGAUAAUGAUGAACCCAUAUCUGACCAAGAGAAAGUUCGAAUUGUGACAAAUUUUAUAUUGCAUUCUCCUCCUGGGGAGUUUAAUGAGGUUUUUAAUGAUGUGCGGGUGCUAUUAAAUAAUGACACUGUCUUAAAAGAAGAGGUUUCCUAUGCUUUCAAGCAGUACAACAAAGAACAAUUGACACCUGUCAUGUUGGAGAGGUCAGAGCAUAAAACUCUUAUUACUGAGCACAAUGAACUUGGAGGAGACAGAUUCUUUGAUGAUAGAUCAAAGCAAAGCUUUCGAUACGAUGACUUGAAGAAAGAGGCAUCAGACUAUUUGCCCUGGACACCAGACCCAGUGGCAGAGCCUUGGCGGUCAGCAUUGGAAGCCGAGCUUGAUGCGUACACCUUGAAUCACUACAGGCAUGGAGCCUGCAGUGUUUUUGGAAAAAACCAAGGCAAUGCCAUUGCACUCAUAGCCUGUAUUGAAGAUCAUCAAUUUCAACCAAAUAACUAUUGGAAUGGACGCUGGCGAUCACAGUGGAGUAUAUCAAUAAGCUUAGGUACAGCAGAACUGAAGGGUGUGCUGAAGGUACAAGUGCACUAUUAUGAGGAUGGCAAUGUGCAACUAGUAAGUUCAAAAGAAGUUAAGGAUACUGUUACCUAUGGGGAUAAACAAGGAUUAGCCAAAGAAGUUCUAAGAGCAAUUGAAAAUGCUGAAAAUGAAUACCAGUCUGCAAUCUCUGAAAAUUAUCAAACAAUGUCUGAUACAACCUUUAAAGCAUUACGGCGACAGCUACCUGUGACCCGAGCAAAAAUUGAUUGGAAUAAAAUUCUUUCAUAUAGUGUUGUUAAAGAGUUACAAGGUCAGUAGACUGUCAUCUCUUCUCGGGACUAAAUGCACCGACGCAGGGGGGAGACCUUUAGUGCCAGACUGUGAUACAAGGUCUAAUUUAUUUCUUCAGUAAUAUUUGUCAACCUUUUGUGAUGAAUGUUAUUUUAAGAAUGGUGUCUGGGUGGGUUACAGUUAUGUAAGUUUGGAUAUUUACUAACCAUAAAUAAUUAAUAAUUAAUUGUGCACAAACACACUCCUUCAUACAGCGCACACAUACACAGUUAUAAAGAAGGGGUAAUACACAUUUUGCAAACAAAUGUAUUAUAGCUUAUAUUACAGGCAGGCAAGUUAAAGAAGAUACCACUGUCUGGAGUGGUCAAAGAGAGGAAAAUGGAUUGAGAAGGGGAUAAGUGUCUUAACAACCAUCAUAAUUAUGUCAAAUGGAAUGAAAAUAAUAAAUGCUGAUAAAAGUUUGGAGCCUGGUUCAUGUACACACUUAUCGUUGGUAUCUUCUUCAAUUAACCUGAUUGCAAGUACGUUGUUACUCAAGAAACUUUGCUUCUGUGCAAAUUGUGUAGGAAUAAUGUAUUCCUAAAAUUAUUUCAUUUUUGUUUGGUAGCACAUGUUGUACCUCUCCGCGCGCGCACACACACACACACACACACACACAUUCGCACACACUAUUUAUUGAUGGUGUUGUAAAUAGUUUCCUAUGAAAAUGACAGUAAUGGAAAAAAUUGUUUGCUGUCAUUUAAGGAGUAAGUAGCAAAUAAUAUUAAUGUUGCAAUUUGUAGUUGAGGAGGGUGGUGCCCGUUUGAAGUUCUUGAUGUGCUGAUGGUGGCACUGUCUUCCAGGCCCUACUGUUUGCUUUGUUGCUCUGCAUUAAGGAGUGCAGUCCUUCCCACUUCACAGAUUGUGCACUUUUCUUCUUGUAGGCAUAAGCCACUAGAAAUGCUGUUGUUCAAUGAAACAGUAGUUGAAGGUUAAAGCUAAAGCUCAGAAGCGAAAGCACUUGGGCGUGGAUGUAGUUUCCGCUCUCUUCGUCCUCCGAGGCAAGUGCAACAGUUCCUACAAACCACCUUGGAUUGGUCUAGAGUCCACUGGAGUGGACCAUAACCCCUCAGUCUCCUUAUCCUCAGGGGCUGGCUAACCCAAGCCACCUUGGCUUCAUUACUUUAUUAUGUGUAGAAUUUCUUGAGGUAAGGUUGUUUUUAAAUUCGUGAACAAAUUUCAGUAUUACCACAUCACAAAUUUCCACUAGUGGUAACUUUGCAAGUUGUUGAAGAAGUGCUAGUGUUAAAUGGUGUGUAGGUUAGAAGGACAUCCUAUACUAGCACAAUUUCACACUGUGUAUAGGCUAUUUGCUUAUGAGUUGCCCAUGUAUAAUUUCUAUGCUGUCAGUUCUUUUUUAAGUAGAUUACAUUUGGCCAUUUCCAAGUUGGGCAUGCCUGAAACCAUCUGCUCUCCUCCCAAUUAAUGGGCUGCAGAAAUUCCCCUGAAAUUUUACAAAUUGAAGCAAAAAUUACUAUCUGCUUCGUUAAAUGUAAAGCACACUUCUUGAAAACCAGAAGAUUUUCAAAAUUAUCCCUUCAACAAACAACUUUGAUUUAGAGAUCGUGUUAAUUCUGAGAAAACUACUGUGGAUAUCCUGGAUACCAGUGACAAUAAUGAACUAUUAAUAUUUUUUAUUGGUAUAAAUUUGCAAGCUAACAUGAUGAAUAGCAAUGUGUGUAAAGAGUUAAAAGAGCUGGCUGAAACAAAUUAAUAAUUUAAAUUGUGUUGUUAUUGUUGCUGCCCAGGGAUAGUUCCUUGAUGAAAAUAUAUCAUAUGUGUAUGAUGAUUGAAACUACAUGAUGUAACUUUUUUAAAGAGUACUGCAGAAAUCUAUACCAUGGAAACAUUGCUGUUCCCUCAACUCAGGUUUUUUUCAGUGCUGUGAUAUGAACUAUGCAGACACAGUACAAUCAGAACAUUGCAACAUGCAAUAACAGAUAUGAUCAUACGUCUGGCAUUAAUAUCAAUCUUCUAUAAAGAGAACUGCAUCAAUACUAAAGCAGUGUACAUAUGACAUAGCUAGGUACAGACUUCAAAUUUAAUCGCAAAAAAAUUAAAGAAUAUUUAGCUUUCAAGAAAAUUUCAGGAUCCUUACUGUGCUUAUAUUUUUAAGAUAUUGUCUAUCUGCAUGAUUUAUCAUGACAUCUAGAUCCAUUAUAUUUGGUGUUAGUGUUAUGAUAUUUAUAAUGCUUUGGAUAAAUAAUGACGCUGGUCAUAUCAUCUUGUUCUGAGGAGCUCUCAUUAAGAAGCAUUUGCUUGCAAUGAAUGCUGUAAUGUUUAUUUAAGGGAAAUAUCAUUUUUGACAUCGGUUAUACAAAUUUUACUUUAGGUGAAAAUUCACAUCAUUUAAUUAUUGACAUUUUCUGUUCUAUGUGAUUGACUAGACUAAAGCAAAAAAGGCUACAUGGAUUAGAAAAAAAAUGUUUGUAUUAUGUACCAUUUUGUAUUUAGAUGCUUUAUUCUGCCACAUUUUUUUCGCCCAUUUCAUUUUAUUUGAAAACAUUUGUUUAUUAAAAAAAUAUAUUUCAAUUAUGAACAU